AUGUCUAUUAAGCCUCCUCAGCCCGCUCCAACUUGGGACCAUCGUCCCGAAGAGAUAGGCACCCUCAUCAAAGACCUUAUUGCCAAGGAUAGAUUACUUAUGGACAAGAUUGCUGCUCUUCCCGCAGGGGAAUGUAACUUUCAAUCACUGGCUCUCUCUGUGGCGGAAACUGACUUUGAUGCCGUCGCAGAACCUCUCUCGUUCUAUCAGAAUGUCUCUGCAGACAAGGCUUUACGCGAUGCAUCUAACGAAGCUGAAGUUUUAGUUCGUGACUACGGUGUGGAAUCCUCGAUGCGGAUUGAUGUCUACCGAGCCAAAGUUGCGGCGGAAAAGAAUCUCAAGGAAUCAGGACAAUGGGAGAAACUUAGUGCAGAAGAGAAGCGCUUAGUUGAGAGAAUGAUUCUGGACGGUACUCGUGCUGGAUUGGCUCUUCCGGAAGAGCAGCGAAAUCAACUGACAACACUAAAGAAGGAGUUAUCUCAACUCUGUUUGGAAUUCAGUAAAAAUUUCAACGAAGAAGAUCAAAGGAUUACUUUCACCGCAAAACAACUUGACGGCGUGCCUAAAGAUGUUAUCUCGGGUUACACGAAACGCACUGAAGGAUCAGAAGAAGUCUACGAUGCGACCUACAAAACGCCUGAUAUUUUCCCGAUUUUCAAAUUUGCAAAGAAUCCUGAAACCCGUCGCAAGGCGUUCGAAGGAUACGAAUCUCGUUUGGAAAUUAAUGUUCCCUUGUUGAGCAAGGCUCUUAACAUCCGCCGGCAACUUGCCAGUAUACUUGGCUACAAAACCUGGUUGGUGGCCGACUAUGUAACUGAAGUCAAAAUGAUCAAGAACGGCAAAGGCGUCAUUGAUUUCCUAGACGAUCUCGAAGAAAAACUUCGCCCGGUUGGUUUAAAGGAUAGAGAAACCCUUCUCGCAUUGAAAAAGAAGGAACACGAAGAGCUUGGCUUGCCAUUCGACGGCGAAUUCUAUAUCUGGGACUAUCGAUACUAUGACCGGAAAUUCAUCGAAAGUAGUUUGGAUCUUGAUGACAUGCUCGUCAAAGAGUAUUUCCCGGUCACAGUUGUCGUACCAACCAUUCUGGAUAUCUAUCAAAACUUGCUUGGCGUUAGAUUCGAGGAAAUCAAUGGGACUACCUGGCAUCCUGAGGUUCAACAGUUCUCUGUCUGGGAAAAGGACAGCAAAGACGAGUCCGGUUUUAUUGGAUAUUGUUAUCUCGACCUGUAUCCUCGUUCUGGAAAAUAUUCGCAUGCUGCUGUGUGGCCUCUUCUUCCGGGUCAUGACAAUUCAGAUGGAAAACGUAGCUACCCAAUAGCAGCUAUGGUAGCUAACCUUGCAAAACCCACCCCCGAUAAACCGGCAUUGAUGAGGCACGACGACGUUGUGACAUUUUUCCAUGAGAUGGGUCACGUCUUCCAUGGUCUGCUGAGCCACACCAAAUUUUCUCGAUUCCAUGGCACCAGUGUUGCGCGCGACUUUGUGGAGGCGCCUUCCCAAAUGCUGGAGAAUUGGUGCUGGGAACCUCAGGUUUUGGAAAAAAUGUCCAGUCAUUUUGAGACGAAGAAGCCUCUUUCUCCUGAAUUGAUCACAAAGCUUGUCAAGAGUCGCUAUGUCAAUGUUGGCUUGUUCUACCUGCGCCAAGUUUUCUUCGCCAAAUUUGAUAUCAAAGUGCAUACUUCUUCUGGUAGUUUAGAGGACCAGGACUAUACUGCACUUUGGAACUCACUUCGGGAAUCCAUCUCGCUGGUCAAAUCUGGCAAGCUCACACCUGGGCAAGGUACAUUCGGUCACAUUACCGGUGGAUAUGACGCUGGUUACUACGGCUACACCUAUUCCUUAGUAUUCGCGGCGGAUAUGUAUGCCACCAUAUUCAAGGCUGAUCCUCUGGAUCCUGCUCGAGGAAAGCGUUACCGUGAAAAGAUUCUUGUACCUGGUGGAAGUCGCGAGGAAUUGGACUCCUUAAAGGACUUUUUGGGAAGAGAGCCAAACAGCAAGGCUUUCUUAAACGAAUUGUUUGGUUCCCAAUCAGCCAAUCUCUAA